AUGGAACUGGACAAAGAAAUUUUACAAGUCAUUAGGACUUUAAGUCCUAACUCACUACCAGCCAUGUUGUAUGGGAUAUACCCUACUAGCAAAUUGAAUUCACCCCUAAUGGAAUUAGGUUCAAGAGACAAAUAUGUACCUGGUAUUAUAUUGAGCACAUUAUGUGAAGAUAGGCUUUAUUCUUCUUCAGAUGAUUGUAUCAAGUGUAAAUAUGAUCUACAACUAUGGACACUAUUAAAAGUUGUCCACUUGAUAAAAUCAUCAAGUGUUAUUGGUCCAUACCAGACUAUAAGGAAGAAACCGCCCAUAUAUGAGAUAUACUAUUAG